GAUGCACUCCAUACAUAUAGCACUGCAUAGUACAUACAUAAUACAUAUAUUUACAGAGAUACAAUGCACAAAUGAGCGAAAAUCAGAUGUGGCAAAAGUCGUGUAUCUUGCGUAUUUACUAAGAAAAAAAUCUACAUCACAUUAUAUACGCGAGGAACUUCAAAAGGUAGAGUAAGCUUGAGUAUCAGGAUACGAGAAAGGAGACACAUCUAGGAAGAACUCCUCGAUUAACUGCUAUUUCGUUAAACAGUCAAGUGCAUUCGUGAAAACAUUCACGACGGUCAAUCGGCACGCGUUCGUUGCUCACAAAUAUUCUCCGCAUCAGGGUAGCAUGAGGAAAGAUUUUUUUUCUCCGGUCCGUCAGCGCUACGACGCUCCCACCCCCAUGACGUAUGCGCUUUCGAACGGCAAGCAUCCCUCGGAUCAGGGCUGCAUGUGAACGAUCGAAUUUUCGCAGCGAUGCAAGCCACCAAGCCGCACUUUCUUUCGCCGUCAGCGACGACAAUGACACGCAUCUCCUCGCAUCCUUCGACACGCUCAUCAAUGUCCUGUCACUCGUCAAGAGAGUGGCGCCAGAAGCAUUUGCACCACCAGGAAGCUAUAACUCAGGCACGCUCGCGCGGGCGCGGCUCCUGCUUCCGGGCUCCGCCACGACUCUCUGCAGUAGGAGGGUGUUCCAGGAGCGCCAGGAUAGCAGAAUGUCAGGGUGCAAUAUGCGCGGCUGGAAAUUACCUGCAAAUUACGUCGAAAACAGCGGGCUUUCCGACGACCUACAAGACUGGCCAAAGUGAAGCUUAAGACACUCCCGGAUAAUCAUUUCUUUCAGUAAAUUUAGGUUUUCGCACACGGUCAGGACACCUUUGUGUGUUUAGGAUAAAGAAUUAUGCAUAAAAAUUAUGAGAUGUCGGUUGCAAAUGAGUUAAGAUGAAAGGUGCCGAUCACAGGCGAUCAUGAAACGGUACGCAGCCGCGAGCCCGAAAAAAAUAUCCAAAUAUUCGAGCAUAUUUCCAAUAACGCUACAACACACAACUGUAUCGGUGACGCGUGCGCCGACACAUCGAACUGUGCCGCGGCAACCGUACUGUUUACUUCUCACUGAAAACAUCUGGCACGCGUUCAAAUGUGUCACAGACUCGUCCCUUCGGACAUCAUGCGUGCGACGGAGUAUCUCCUAGGAUGACGUUUCUAUUAUUCCGUCCUUGGUGGGCUUGCUCGAAGGAGGGCAAUGACCGUAGGACAAUUGGCCAUUCGAAUAUCCUGGUAACGUCCCUCGAGCGCAGGUAUGAUAGGUAAUGGAUAGGCGAUGCCGUAUUUGCAACGAUCAAUAGUCCUCCCUCCUAUUCGGGUCGACUCGUCGGCGGGAUAUCUUCUCGCCGAUUACCUGGCGGAACGUUGGCCGAAAGAUAACAGUGGUUCCGAGAUAGAAACAGCGAUGCGACAGGAUAACAGGAGGAAACAGCUGCGUGACCUAUUUCCUACAAUAAAUUGAUAGAAGCUACAAUUAUUUGAGAUUUAUCCGUCAGUGAAGGCUCAACGGCGAUUAACGUGUUAUUCCAAUAGUCGGCGACAACUUCGACAGGCCCUUUGUUUCUUGUAGCUUCGACGAUCCUCAAUUUAGUCCGUUUGCCGGCAUGCAUUUAUUCCGGCGAUCCUCUACGGCGCCCUUUUCCGCACCCGUGAAGGAGACGCCUGGCCGCUUUGCUGGCCCUUGAAUUAAUCUCCCGCAUACGUUAAACCUAAUGAAUUCCGAAACGCGCGCGCCAACCUUGGCUCGCGAGUCGAAGGGUCUCUUGUUUCGCAGCGCACAAUGACACUGUCAUCACCAUCGCCAUUAAAACACCAUCGACGUCCAGCGUCGGUGACAGUGCUUGCGUUAGGACGACGCUUUAUGCAACGCCACGCGACGCUGUACAAGGAUAAGGAGAGCCAAAAAUCCGAGGAUAGAGCGAGCAUCCACUCUACCGUCGCUGGCUUCACCACUUGCUUCAAGGUACAAUUUUGAGUGACGAUUGACGAUCGCGAGUGAGUGUGUCGCUUCGCCGACGGCGAUGAUGCAAGAGCACAAGUCUUUCCUGAUCAGAGAUCUUUUGGGGGAUGUGCUGGUCGAUCGAGUUCAAGAAGACUCGGAGGACGAUUCGGCCGUGCAUUCCGAUUCCGAGGACACUAUCGAUCCUGGUAGUAGUCCUUGCACGCGUCUAGGGAGUCCUCCACCGGCGCUUUCGCCGUCGCCCGGUCCGGCUACUACGUCCGCGAAAUCAUGCGGAGUGACCGCCAGCAGUGCGUCGUCGACCGGUAGAAAACCACGGAGACGACGAACCGCCUUCACCCAUGCCCAGCUGGCUUACCUCGAGAGGAAGUUUCGCUGUCAGAAAUAUCUCAGCGUGGCAGAUCGCAGCGACGUCGCUGACGCCUUAUCGCUUUCGGAGACUCAAGUAAAGACUUGGUACCAAAACAGAAGAACGAAAUGGAAGCGACAGAAUCAGCUACGAUUGGAGCAGUUGCGUCAUCAAGCCACCGUGGAGAAGGAUCUUCUGGUACGCAGUGUGGGUCUUCAUCACGGCAGCAUAGACGCUUAUUGUUCACCGUACAACGCACAAACACAGGCCAGUCAUCCGCCACCGCCACCGCCGCCGCCGGCACCAUCCACCGCCUCCACGGCAGCGUUUCUCUCGACGGCGGCCGCGCUCUUCCGCAAUGUCACCUACGUCCACGGCUGCCCACUCUAACCCGCGUGAUCCCGAAGACGUCAAGAUAAUGAGUUUUGGAUCAGCGCGAAUGAUUUGGUUUGGACUCGCCGCGCUCGAAGGAACGAUUACGGAUUAAUUGUGUCGUGAGUGCCAAGCUAACUUGAAGUGUUUUAACAAUAUUUUUUAUUAUACCGGAGUUUGCUCUAAAUUAUUAGUGAAUUGAAAAGGUUUGCUUUAAAAAAUCACUUGCUAUAAGCGCUUAAUUAAUGGGUAAGGAAAGUAUUCGUAAAUAUUGUGUUUCUUUUUUUAAGUUGUUAUACCUUUUCUUAUUAGGUUGUGUUUAAAAUUUGGCGGUAUAUUGUUUUUAUCUAGAAAUAUGUUUUAUGGAAAAGAUGACAAAAGAAUGUCAAAAACAUACAUAAAUUCUUUUUCCCGUUAAUUACAUGUCUGUUGAACUUCAACCGUGUCGAUAUUGUAUUUCUUUGCUCAUGCAAACAUGCUGAUGCAAAGUUUUAUCGCAGUCGGUUCUUCCGCGUCUUCUCUUGCAUGCUAAGUAUUAAAAAUGAGGAUUGAGUAAAGAUGUAAAUAUGUAAUUACAAUCCAUAGUUGAUCGGUAGGCAUAGCUCGCAGAUCGAAUUGAACGAAAGAAUCAACAUUUCACGAUAAAAAUUGACAUCUUCUUCGAAGAAUAACAUAAUUUCUAUAAUCGAUAUUAUUGCAAUGUUACAACACAAUAUGUGAUCUGUCACCAUAGAUGCAAUUCUAGAUGCAAUAAUGAUAUUGUAUUUAGAAGAUAGACGAGAGGAGUUAUUUCGCUGUAAAGAAAAAAAAUCGUGCUGCUACUUUACAAUAUAAAUCGGAAUUAAAAGUAUGCGUUCGAUUGACGAUUAACAAUUUACGCAGUUUAGCGACAGAUUUAAUUCGUAGCUACUUUAGCGUUUUAGAUAAAUGUAAUCUCGACAUACAGGUGAAAGUAAUAUUAUCAAUUACCGAAUGUGCAAUGUUUGACGACAUACGUAAGCGCUAAUCGGACUAAUCCCCAGUAAUUUAGUUGAUUAUUGUUACUCACCGUCAAAUCUAUUGACUACUCUCUUUGCGAAAA